GGGAGGGUCGACUUUCAGAUGACAUUGACGCUAUGUGGAGGAGCGCUGGGAUUUGUGCUACAAGUAACGUUUGUGUUUGUUGAUGUAAGACGGUGAAACCAGGCGAAGCUGCUCCGUCGCGUAGCUGGUUCUCCCAUCUCUUCAGCACCGCUGUGCGUUGGACAGCGGCAUCACGGCGCGCACCUGUCUGGCGUCUCUCCCAACUUAUUGUCCGCCAACGAUGAAAUAUUCUGCAUGAUCCGCGUCGCACGGAGAGUUUGCAACUUCAAGGCAUAGCCACGGAUGUUGAAAUCGCCCGAACCGAAUUGGGUUGAUCAUUCCCAGCUCAAAGUCACAUCUGUCCGCCAAGUUGCCCCAGAAGCCGUCCGUCCCCCCCCCUCCGCCCGUCAUCCGCUGCCAAAGUUGCGCGAAGAGCCGCGAAGCUGCUGUCCACCUGGACCGGUUCUGAAAUCCGUCGCCCGGCUUCCUGGAGCUCUGCGAAACCCAGAGACAUGGCGACAAACGGCACCAAAACUUCCGAUGGACACGUCUUAACAGAGGUGAACGAGGCACCGGGCAACGACAAGCCCAAAACGCUGGUGGUGAAAGUUCAGAAGAAGAAGGAGAUCCCUGACAGGGAGACGUGGGCCGGCAAAUUCGACUUCCUCCUCUCGUGCGUGGGCUACGCGAUUGGACUGGGAAACGUGUGGAGAUUUCCUUACCUGUGUGGGAAGAACGGCGGAGGAGCCUUCCUGAUCCCCUAUUUUUUGACCCUGAUAUUUGCGGGGGUGCCCUUGUUUUUCCUGGAAUGUUCUCUCGGUCAGUACACGUCCAUCGGCGGCCUCGGGGUCUGGAAGCUCGCGCCGAUGUUCAAAGGUGUUGGCCUGGCUGCUGCAGUUUUAUCUUUCUGGCUAAACAUUUACUAUAUUGUUAUCAUUGCCUGGGCCAUAUACUACCUGUAUAAUUCCUUUGCUGCAGAACUGCCGUGGAAAUCAUGUAACAAUGAGUGGAAUACAGAAAAAUGUUACACAAAUUACACCAUUACAGACACUUCAAACCUUACCAGCGCGGUCGCGGAAUUCUGGGAACGCAAUAUGCAUCAAAUGACUGAUGGUCUGGAAAAGCCAGGCCAGAUCCGACUGCCACUCGCAAUAACACUGGCCAUUGCUUGGGUUCUUGUUUACUUCUGCAUCUGGAAAGGGGUUAGCUGGACAGGCAAGGUUGUUUACUUCUCUGCCACAUACCCAUACAUAAUGCUAUUCAUUCUCUUCAUCCGUGGUGUGACCCUUCCCGGAGCCAAAGAAGGAAUUUUAUUCUAUGUUACCCCAGAAUUCAGCAAACUUAAAGAAUCUGAGGUGUGGCUGGAUGCCGCCACUCAGAUUUUCUUCUCAUACGGGUUGGGCUUGGGCUCCUUGAUUGCCCUGGGAAGCUACAACACCUUUAAUAAUAAUGUGUACAGAGACUCAAUCAUUGUGUGCUGCAUCAAUUCCUUCACCAGCAUGUUUGCUGGCUUCGUCAUCUUCUCCAUUGUCGGCUUCAUGGCACAUGUCACAAAGAGGCCAAUAGCCGACGUGGCUGCUUCUGGUCCCGGUUUGGCCUUUUUGGCUUACCCAGAGGCUGUGACGCAGUUACCCGUAUCCCCACUUUGGGCAGUUCUCUUCUUCUCCAUGCUGCUUAUGCUUGGAAUCGACAGUCAGUUCUGCACUGUGGAGGGUUUCAUCACAGCUUUGGUGGACGAGUUUCCACGGCUGCUGAGAGGAAGGAGAGAGCUCUUCAUUGCUGUCGUCUGCAUUGUGUCCUACGUGAUUGGCUUGUCAAACAUCACACAGGGUGGCAUCUAUGUGUUCAAGCUCUUUGACUACUACUCCGCUAGUGGGAUGUCCUUGUUGUUUCUAGUCUUCUUCGAAUGCAUCUCUAUCUCUUGGUGCUAUGGUGUCAACAAGUUCUACGAUAACAUCAAAGAGAUGAUUGGCUAUAAGCCGUGCCUGUGGUGGAAGCUCUGCUGGGUGGCAUUCACUCCUCUCAUUGUGGCCGGCGUGUUCCUCUUCAGCGCCGUGCAAAUGGUACCUCUUACCUUGAACAACUAUGUGUUCCCAGCUUGGGGUCAGGGUGUGGGCUGGUUAAUGGCCCUGUCUUCCAUGAUCCUCAUACCUGGAUACAUGGGCUACAUGUUCCUCACACUCAAGGGCACUUAUAAAGAGCGACUUCGAAUAAUGAUUCAGCCUUUGGCCAUCGUCACGGCCCAGGAGAAUGGUCCCGAACCACAGGCAGAGAGCACCAACCCUGCCACCGAAGAAGCUUAUAUCUAAAUCGUUUUUCUAGAGGCCCACUUUCACCCAGAAAACAUGAUCGUGGUUGAAUGAGACCAAGGACUUCCAUGUCGAAAUAAAAUAUCCACCUACCUCCUGAAACAAAAUACGACCAACCUGAUUCCAAUAACUGUUUCCUUUUUUGCAUUGGUAAUAACCUGCCCAACCACAAGGUAAUGAUAGUUAUGCAACAGGGUUGACUGUUAGCGUUUCUAAGGUUCUCCUAACAAUACACUAACGUAUUUUUACUUCAGCUCUAAAGGCAGUGCAGACAAUGAC